UACUACCGGGAUAUGCUCUGUACCCAGUCUGCUGGCUGCAUAUCUGACCAGAAGGCCGCUCUCUGCACCCUGUUGAAGUCACUGCUGCACCGCCUCUGCCAGUGCUACCACUUCAACAAGUAGCAGCAGCCAAUACAGUUUGCUGAAGAUGAUGGAGCAGUUUUUUCAUCUGCUGCACCAACUGACACACAUUGUUCACUUCCAUGGAAUACAAAUGUAUCAUGAGUUCCCAUCUAAAUAACAUAGGAAGAUGUCUGGAAAAGUCAAGUUAUACUACUUCUAUGGCAGAGGUAAAAUGGAGUCCGUACGCUGGCUGCUUGCAACGGCUGGUGUUGAGUUCGAAGAAGAGAUUUUGGAAACAAGGGAACAAUAUAAAGCAUUAGUUCGAGAUGGAUUCCUGUUGUUUCAUCAAGUACCAAUGGUGGAAAUUGAUGGAAUGAAACUUGUUCAGAGUAAAGCUAUUCUCCAGUACAUUGCUGCAAAGUACAAUCUUUAUGGGAAGGACCUGAAGGAGAGAGCGCUGAUUGAUAUGUAUGUGGGAGGUACUACAGAUUUUAUGGAGAUGAUCAUGGAGUACCCAUUCAUUCAGCCAGAGAUGAAAGAAGAACACCUCAACAACAUUGUGCAAAAAGGCAAAAACAGAUACUUUCCAGUUUAUGAAAAGAUCCUAAGAGAUCAUGGUGAGAAGUACCUAGUUGGAAAUCAGUUUAGCUGGGCUGAUGUGCAGCUGCUGGAGGCCAUCCUAAUGAUGGAAGAAAAAUGUGCUGAUCUACUGACCAAUUUUCCUCUCCUUAAGAGCUUCAAAGCAAGAAUUAGUGAAAUUCCUACAAUCAAGGCUUUCCUGCAGCCUGGGAGUCAGCGGAAGCCAGUGCCUGAUGAGAAAUACGUGCAGACAGUGAAGACAGUUCUGCUGAUAUAACAUGGACUAGUUACUGGACCUUCUACUAACUAACUGCCCAUCACACUACAAGCUUGUCUACUACUUCAUAAGAAACAUAUUGGGGGAGACUUAUUAUUCAAAAUGCGUCCAAAAAAGCUGGCCUACGUGCUUUACAAGACAAUGCUCGUGGCUUAGCAGACAGGAAUAAAGCUUCAUGUGAAAGGGGCGUUAGAUGGGACCUCGUGUGAC